CUUUGGCUGCCAAUCACACACACAAACAAAAACAACAACGAUGAGCGAGCUGUGCGAGGUUGGCAGUGCACAAAAGUGCUUUGGUGGGGUGUUGAAGCAGUUCUCGCAUCACAGCGAGGUCCUCCACUGCACCAUGACCUUCUCCAUCUACUUCCCCAAGCAGGCAACAAAGGAGUCAGUGCCGGUGCUGUACUACCUGUCAGACAUUGGCUGCGAUCACCUGACAGCAGCAAAAGAGACUGGCGCACAGCGGUUCUGCACAGAGCACGGCAUCGCCAUGGUGUUUCCAGAUACUGGACCCAGAAACACACCCAUGCACGAUGAGGGCUCAAAUCAACAGCUGCUUGAAGGCGCCACGUUCGUGGCCAAUGCCACCCACGAGGACUGGUCCAUGCACUUCAACAUGUUUUCCUAUCUGACGGAAGAGCUCCCUGCCCUCAUUGAAUCGAGCUUUGAUGUCACAUCUGCCAAGAGCAUCAUGGGCCACGGCAUGGGUGGACACGGUGCGCUCGUGUGUGCACUGAAGCGGCCCGAACUCUACGCCAGCGUGUCUGCUCUGGCUCCCAUCUGUAACCCCAGCGACGUGGCAGUCGGCAAGCGCGUGUUUGCGCAAUACUUUGGUGAAGAUGACAAGGCCGCGUGGCACCAGUGGGAUCCCGUGCAUCUAGUGCAGGGCUACAUCGGACCCGAAUUGCCAAUCCUCAUCGACCAGGGCUCGGAUGAUCUAUUCUACAAAACCAAGCAGCUGAGGCCCGAUGCGCUCGUCCGGGCCAGCGCAACAAACCCGCUCAUCUCGGUGGUGUUGCGGGUGCAGGAUGGGUAUGAGCACAGCCACUUUUUUGUGCAGACGUUUAUGGAUGAUCACAUUAUGCUUCACGCCAACACGCUGGUGCCGCCACCAGACGAUGACGACGACGGCGACGACGAAGACCAGGGUGACCGGGGCGAGGGUGGCAGUGAUUAGUCGUUGCAAGCUGGCAUGGACAGAAGCGUGCUCACGUGACAUGAUGUAAACGAUCCAGACAAGCA